GAAAAGCCCAAGCCACGUUUUCGGCAUUGGCUUCAGCACAAGGCCUAAACCCUAAAACCCAGCUAGGGUUUCACUCCAUCGAUCGCGUUAAGCACAACGCUCUCUUUGCCCCAGAAAGCUCGGUGAUCAGUGACCCUCCCAAUCUACCUUGAACCAACAACAAUGGUGAAGUAUUCAAAGGAACCUGAUAAUCCCACCAAGUCCUGCAAGGCCAGGGGCUCGGAUCUGAGAGUUCAUUUCAAGAACACAAGAGAGACAGCCCAUGCUAUUAGAAAGUUGCCUCUAGCAAAGGCUAAAAGGUAUCUGGAAGAUGUUCUGGUCCACAAACAAGCCAUUCCCUUUCGACGCUUUUGUCGUGGUGUUGGUCGAACUGCUCAGGCAAAGAACCGUCAUUCAAAUGGUCAAGGACGCUGGCCUUUUAAAUCGGCUAAAUUUAUUCUUGACUUACUUAAGAAUGCUGAGAGCAAUGCAGAAGUGAAAGGUCUGGAUGUGGAUUCUUUGCACAUAUCUCACAUCCAGGUGAACCAAGCCCAGAAACAGAGGCGCCGGACCUACCGUGCUCAUGGGAGAAUCAAUCCCUAUAUGUCAUCUCCCUGCCAUAUUGAGUUGACCUUGUCUGAAAAGGAAGAGCCAGUCAAGAAGGAGCCUGAAACACAGUUGGCUCCUAGGAAAAACAGGAAGUCUCAAGCUUUACAUAGCGGUGCUUCUUCUUGAAUGUGGUGGCUACAGGGAAUUCUAGUUAUUCAUUUCUGUACUGUCCACUCCUUUAAAGUAGAAUCUAUCCUUCUAAGAUAAUAUAUCAUUUAAAAUUGAGAACCCUGUCUCUGAUUUACUGUCUUUUUCAUCAAAUUUUCUUUUUUGAGUACUUGUAUGGAACUUGAAUCAUGGAUUUUUGUUUAUUUUAGUUUUGAUAUGGAUGUUGGAGUAACAUUAACAUUGAUGAUGCCUUAAAAUUUUCAUUGGAAUGAGUAACAUUAUAAUUAUGAUA